GACCUUAUUAAAAUUUAUUUUAGUUGUAAUUAAACAUGAUCUGAACUUAUUACACCUGAAAAUAAGUAAAAAUAAGGUGAAUAGAAUAGACCCUUAAUCACCAAUAAAUUCCAACUAAUUAAUUGUUAAAAAAAAAAAUCCAAUUAACUAAUAACUCACCACUUUAUCAAAAAAAAAAAAAAAAAAAAAACUCACCACCUUCAAAGUAUUUUCAAUUAACAAACAUUCCUGAAUUCGUCACUCCACCAGCAGCUGACAACACCAGCAACCGCCAUUUCUCCACUUUCUCUCUCCUCAUCCGCCAUUGUUAGGGUUUCCGACCUUCAACCUCACUCCAAUUCUCUCCCCUCCAAUUCCCCCAAAUUUCUAGGGUUUCAUCAAUGGAUUUAAUCGGCGACGCACUUCGCCAAGCUUUCAUGCCGAAACACGAGUAUCAAAAUCUCAGAGACGAAGAUAAAGCUUGGCUUAAGCUUCAACGACCGAUUUGUGUGUCAAUUGUGUGUAUUAUCUCUCUUGCGAUUGUUGUUUCUACUGCUAUUAGUUUGAAGAUAGUGUUUCCUGGUGAUUCUGGUAAUCGCCCUUUUUGUUUUGAUCUUCGUCUUCAACCUUUGCCGAUUAAUGCUACUACUUCUGGUGAUUCUGAUCCUCUUCCUGGAGCUUUUUAUCUUACGGAUCAAGAAACUGUUGAUUAUUAUUAUAUGGUGUUGUUUCUUCCUUCGUCGAUCUUGUUUUUGGCCUCCGUCCUUUAUAUUGUUGCAGGAUUUAUGGUUGCUUACUCUGCACCUCAGAGGCAUUGGUGUUUGAAGGUGGUUGAGAACAACUAUUGUGCUUCAAGGAGGGGUGGAGUACGUUGUCUAGCCAUCCUUAAUAUGGUGUUUGCCAUCCUCUUUGGUCUUCUUGCACUUUUUCUGGGUUCUAGUCUUCUCACGUUGGGGAGUAGCUGUUCUGUGCCCUUGUUUUGGUGCUAUGAGGUUGCCUCAUGGGGACUUGUGAUUUUAUUCGGAGCCACUGCCAUAUUCCUGAGAAGGAAAGCUGCCACAAUUCUGGAUGAGGGCAACUUCUCUGGAAGAAAUCUUGGAUUGGAAAUGUUGGAAGCAAAUCCUUGGGAAGUCACACCAGACAUUGAGAGACGUGUCAAUGAAGGCUUUAAAACGUGGAUGGGAUCUUCCCUCUUAUCCUCGGACGAAGAAGAAGAAUCAGAGGAACAUGAAGGAAUGCCUCGUACUAGUAUCAGUCAAAGCAGACAGAGAUUAUUGACAUGACAACAUUCUCAAUUUCUUGGUAUGGUUUCUGCCAUCUUAGUUGAGGAUUUCGGUGAUGUAGGGAUUAUCUCUCUGCUCAUAGACACAACAAAUACUAAUGGGCGCUGACACUUAGUUCCUCAUGGAUAAGUCCAUUAAAGGUUGCCUCUGUUUAUUUUGGACAGUCUCUUAAGUAUGAAAUCAACAAAUAGCAGCGUCGAGGGUCUGUACGUAGGGGAGGCGCUGAUAAUCUGAAUUUUGCUUCACUGACUUGUGAAUUUUAUCUAACUGUCAAUCUUCUACAUGAGGUUAAUAUGGUUUUGGUAUGAGAAAGUUGUAAAUUGCUCCUAUAAUUUUUCAAUAUUAAUCACAUAUCCACAUAUACUAGUCAAAAGGAAAAAUGAUCACAUAUUGUGGUGAUGUCUCUUUGAUAAAAACUGUUGUAAAGCUUUGUAAUCCUUCAAUAUGUUGAGGCCGCCCCAAUUUUUCAUUUUGAAAAACAAAAUUCGUUUAUAAAGGGUUUUACUAAUGAACAGUGAAAAUGUUGCAUUUAUUUACAACCUUGCUAUUAAAUAAAACAUACAGUACUCCAUAUCUAUUAUAUAAUUUAAGAGUCGAUUCAAUGAGGUUGCAACAAAUACUCAAUCCUGCUUUCUAAUUCAAUCCCGCCUAAAUCUAAAUCCCUCCAACAAAAUAAACUAAUUUAAAUUU